UUGAGCAACUACAAGGUCCGUUAGAUUGAAGUUAUUAGCUCAUUUAUUUAAACCGAAGCUCUGCCUUAACCAUUUGCCAUUCUGAGUGUCUGUGCAGGCUUCCAUCAUGCACCUGACUCUGGUCCUCAUCCUGCCGCUGCUGGGAUUCAGUCCAGCUCAGGGUCGCUCUGUAAAGGUAUUCAUUCAGGAGAAGACUGAUAACGGCAUUGAGAAUGAAGACCCCUCAGUAACUUCUAUAAUUGAAAGAGCCAACAAAAACGCAAGACAGGCACCGGAUGAACCCAGGGUUAUGUUUGGCGACAUUGCCAUGUAUACUGGCUUUCAGAAUGCAGAUCCGUGUACAUCUCGUGGAUGCAAGUGGCGCAAACGCAGAAACAGAAAGGUCUACGUGCCCUACGUCAUUUCUAACCAAUACUCAUCCCAGGAAAUAAGUGUUAUUAAGAAAGCUCUGAAGUCCUUUGCGAGAUCCACCUGCAUUCGAUUCAGGCCUCGUCGCAGACAGCGAGACUAUAUUCAUAUUCAGUCUCGUUCAGGGUGCUACUCGUUUGUGGGUAGAAGAGGUGGAGAGCAGGUUGUGUCUCUAAAUCGCAGAGGAUGUAUCUAUCACGGUGUCAUCCAGCAUGAGCUCCUCCACGCUCUGGGCUUCAACCACGAGCAGACCCGCAGUGACCGUGACCGGCAUGUACGGAUCCUCUAUCAAAACAUCAUUCCUGGACGGGAGCCUAACUUCAGGAAAAUCAGAACCAACAACCUGCACACCCCAUAUGACUACAGCUCUGUCAUGCACUAUGGAAAGUAUGCUUUCUCCAGGAACAGGCAGCCAACCAUCAUCCCCAUACCAGACCCUAACGUUGCUAUUGGACGCGCCACUAAAAUGAGCCGUAUGGACAUCCUACGCAUAAAAAGACUCUAUUGUCGUUAGCGGAGUUUCUUUUUGAGCAGAGUAUGAGGGGUGCUACAUGUCCAGCCAUCCACAGUCAAUUUUUCACUGUUAUUCGGUUACUUUAAACCAUUAAAAUUUUUUUUUAUUUAUUAUUCAGUAAUUACAAAACAUUAUCUGGUCACUACUGUCAAACUGUUGUGUAAAAUAUGUAGUUUUGAUAGAGAGGGAUUGAACUGUAUGCCCACAAGUGGGGAGAGGUUUAAAUAUAUUAUCAGAAUUAAAAUAUUCUUAGUAAUGGAAAGACAUGGCUUUUGAAAAGAAAUUAUGCACCUUUCUUGCUCUCGCACAAUAACAAUGAUAUAAGAAGUGUAUCUGCAUAGAAUAUCAGUGACUAAAUUUUGUGAUAAUAAACAGUGAUUACUAUCAAGCAUUAUAAAGUGCUUCCAACGUUGUUGACACUGAAACUAUAGAAGCCCUACUGGAGCUGGAUUAGUAUUACCUGGGCAGGUGCUGUAAUUUGAGUGUGCAACGACUUUUGAAGGAUGAGAGGAGUGAGUACACCGGGAGCAGGUGUGGAGACGGAGAACUACAUUUAUUUUUACACAACACAAAAACCACUUGGCUUUUCAACCCACAGACAAAAUAAAACAACACGCUCGCUGGGA